GCCUUGUAUUUUGGUGCUGGACGGGACAAUGAAGUGGCAACUGGCAAGCGGAAACCGUACGUGCCGGAGAUAUUAUACGGACGGACGAAGAGGAGAGGAAGCAGUGAGCGAGGCCCUAUAGUGGAGCGGGAUGGCGUCGCCGCCGCCGCCGCGCGUGUGCGUCACCGGGGGCGGCGGGUACGUCGCCUCAUGGCUCGUCAAGCUCCUCCUCUCCCGCGGCUACGCCGUGCACGCCACUGUCCGCGACCCGAGUGAUCCCAAGAACGCGCACCUGCGGCGGCUGGACGGGGCCCCGGAGAGCUUGCUCCUGUUCAAGGCCGACGUGCUCGACCGCGACGCCCUGGCGGCCGCGGUCGCCGGGUGCGAGGGGGUCUUCCACGUCGCCUCCCCUGUGCCUGCAGACAAGGUCCUCGAUCCUGAGUCAGAGGUAUUGUCUCCUGCUGUCAAAGGCACUCUGAACGUUCUUCAGGCUUGCUCGGCAAAUAAUGUUCAGAAAGUUGUCGUGGUUUCAUCCACAGCUGCUGUUCAUUAUAACCCGAGUUGGCCCCAUGGUAGAAUCAAAGAUGAGAGCUGCUGGUCAGACAAAAACUUCUGCAUGAAGAAUGAGAACUGGUACACUGCUGCCAAGACAAUUGCUGAAGAGACAGCAUUGGAGUAUGGAGAGAAGAAUGGACUAAAUGUUGUUACAGUUUGCCCUUGUAUCGUUUUAGGUCCACUUCUGCAGCCUCUGAUCAAUACCACGAGUGAACUCCUCAUCUACAUUAUAAAAGGAGGUCCUAGGCUGAUGAAAAACCUCCCCUGGAACAUAGUUGAUGUCCGUGACGUAGCUGAUGCUUUGCUUUUGGUAUAUGAGAAAGUGGGAUCAUCUGGGAGAUACAUCUGCGCACCGGAUCGGAUCAGCACAAACGACAUUGUGAAAUUGCUUAAGAAGUCCUACCCCAACUACAAUUAUGUGAACUGCGAAAACAAGGACUAUGAAUCCGAAGUCUCGCCAGUUACAUCAGAGAAACUUAAGAGUCUAGGCUGGAAACCAAGGAAAAUGGAGGAAACUUUGUUGGACAGCGUUGAGUACUUCGAGAAGGCAGGGUUUUUGCAGGAUGUAGAGGGUUGCCCUUGCCGUCUUCCUCAUCUUUUUCAUUUUGCUUCUGACUAAUGAAGUAAACUCCGUAAUACAAUUAUAACAUCUACUUUAACUGUCUCUGGA